CCGGCUCUUGAAAUGCCUCCGGAGACGGAAUUCAGGCUCCCAGCGGAAUGCUUGAAAGGAAGUAGGACACAGAAAAGGGAAGGUGCCAGUGCUGGGAGCUGUCUCAAUGAGGUGUACACGCAGCUCUCCAUGUUAACUCCUGCACGUUCUUGACUCCUGUCAGCCACCCCACUGCCUCCUCGGACUGCGAUUGCGCAUGCGUACUGACGCCCCCACUGGCACAACGUGGGAGGAGGGAGUGGAAAUGAGACUGGGCCCAGCCGCUCGCGAGCACUCCCCGCCCUCCCCUGUGGUCGCUGGGUACGCGGCUUGCAACAACUCCGUGUGGAAGGGCAGCGCGGGCAGCGCGGCUGCGACAGAGGCCACCGCGGGAGGAGCCCAGAGCCCCGCCCCCAGGGAGGGGCGGUCCGCAGGUCUUUCCUCUACCCUCCACGGCCCCAACUCCAUGCCGGGGAUGCAAUUCCUCAGCAAGGAAGAAAUUUAGCGGUCCAGGCGUCAAUGGAUUGAGACUAAACCGAGGUCCUCCUUUAGGUCUCUGGGCCAGCAAGAUGCUGGAACGAGAAGCCGAGCCCGCCACUGCAGCCACCGAUCCUAGUCCUGCCGGCAAGGGACUAGUGACCAAAGGAGCUCCCCACCAGGGUUCGUCCAAGAAGCCCCACAAGUCGGCUACAGGGCCUGCUGCAUCCUCGGGGGCGCCGACUCGACCCCGCAGGCGGCCCCCGCCCCAGCGCCCGCACCGCUGCCCCGACUGUGACAAGGCCUUCUCCUACCCGUCCAAGCUGGCCACGCACCGGUUGGCACACGGAGGCGCCCGCCCUCACCCGUGCCCCGACUGUCCCAAGGCCUUCUCCUACCCCUCCAAGCUGGCAGCCCACCGCCUCACGCACAGCGGCGCCCGCCCACACCCGUGCCCUCACUGCCCAAAGGCCUUUGGCCACCGAUCCAAGCUAGCAGCCCACCUCUGGACCCAUGCGCCCACCCGCCCCUACCCGUGCCCUGACUGCUCCAAGUCCUUCUGCUACCCCUCCAAACUAGCUGCCCACCGACACACACACCAUGCCACGGACGCCCGCCCCUAUCCUUGCCCACACUGUCCCAAGGCUUUUUCAUUCCCCUCCAAACUGGCCGCCCAUCGCCUAUGUCACGACCCCCCCACCGCGCCGGGUGGCCAGGCCACCGCCCGGCACCACUGCUCCAGCUGUGGCCAGGCCUUUGGUCAGAGACGCCUCCUGCUCCUUCACCAACGCAGCCACCACCCGGCCGAGAGUCAGGGGGAGCGGGAGUGAGCCCCCCUGGGCUCACUGGCCCCCUCUGCCGGUGGCCCGAGGAAAUAAAGAGGUGGUUCUAAACCGGGCGGCACAGACUUGCCUCUUCUAGUUGACCGCGAGGUUGGCGCCUCACACUGCGCUGACUUAAAGGGCAAAGAAACACUUUGCUCACCCGUUUGGGGGAAGGGAAGGUGUCACCCACUGGGAGCUAAUCCGCCCCAGCGUGGCCCUGGAGCUGUGGUGUGAACAAAUUGGUUCUGGUUGUUCCCGACUAUUGAUUUGGCUAAGGUAGGAAGUCUGCUCGCAUGGUGGGUUGGUGAGGAGUUCGGGGAAACAGGCUCUGUCCUUAAGUUAACUGGCGCCUCUAUGUUGGCCGUUUGUAUCUGUAAAAUACUGAAACACACACAUGCUCGUGUCAACUAUUCCACUUCUAGGAAUUUAUCGUAUAAAUGCAAGUGCAUGAGCAAGGCACGAGGGCAAGGACGUUCACUGCAUCGCAGUGGCUGUGCCCAAAGGGGGGGAGAACCUGAGUGUUCGUCACCAGACCAGCUAGUAAAUGACAGCACCACCGCAGAAUGGAAGGUGUAG